GAGACAAAAGUCACACGGAACAAUCCAUUUUUAGUAGUGUUUGUCUCAUUUGGAAGUGGUGGCACUCUCUCUCAAGACCAACUCAAUGAACUAGCAUUGGGUUUAGAACUUAGUGGGCAAAGAUUUUUGUGGGUAGUGAGAAGUCCUAAUGACAAGUCUGCCAAUGCUGCAUUUUUCAACGCACAAAGCCAAAACGACCCUCUAAGUUUCUUGCCAAAAGGUUUUUUGGAGAGGACACAAGGACGAGGCCUGGUGGUGCCGUCAUGGGCACCGCAAAUUGAAGUAUUAAGCCACCCUGCUACCGGAGGUUUUUUUACUCACUGUGGAUUGAAUUCGAUUUUGGAGAGUAUUGUCCAUGGCGUACCUCUCAUCGCUUGGCCACUCUAUACAGAGCAGAAGAUGAAUGCAGUGAUGUUGACUGAGGGUUUGAAAGUGUCACUGAGACCGAAAAGUGAUGAAUCGGGUCUAACGGGACCAGAAGAGAUUGCAGAAAUUGUGAAAAGUCUUAUGGAAGGAGAAGAUGGGAAGAAGAUUCGCCGGAGAAUGGAGGGACUCAAGGAUGCGGCUGCGAAAAUCCCGAGUGAAGAUGGAUCUUCUGCAAAAUCACCAUCUGAAUUGGCAUUCAAGUGGAAAAAUCAUAAGAACAUUUGAAGCCAAAUUAUUAUUAUUAUUAUUAUUAUUAUUAUUAUUAUUUCCAGUUCAAUUCAUUUCAUUUUGUCAUGUUUUUCUUAAUUUUUAGUUUUCAUUGUGUUGGCUACAUUGUGUAUUAUGUGUAAUUUGUUGGAUUUGUAUCUUAUUACUCUUAAAAUAUAAUUUGUAAU